UUUAAUUACAAGUUUCGGUACUAAAUCACAGCUUACAGGAUGAGGGUUUUUAUGGCAGAGGAUAAUCUUUGUGCUCAAAAUUUGUUAAAACUAGUUUCACACGGCAAUGCUAUAAUAGCAGAAAUCCUAAGGCUAAAGGAUCAUAUCCCGCUAAUAUUUUUCUUAGAAAAUAAAGAACUUCAGCAAAAGUAUCAAGAUGUUAUCAUGGAUUUUGGGUAUUUCAAAAUUGCGGACAACCAGGAAAAGAAAAUCAAUAUGAAUGUGAAACUGCAAGAUUUAGAUGAUGAUCUCAAAGAAAAGUAUUUAGAAAUAAUAAACCGCUUCUACUUGCUGUUUGAAAAUAUUCAUCAGUACAUAAUAGAUCUGAACUCAUUUGUGGAGCAGCUAUAUGACGGGGCCUUCAUUCAACAAAACAUUGAGACUGUCAUGAAAGAUGUUGAAGGAAAACAACUCCUGUGUGAGUCUCUUUACUUGUAUGGGUCUAUGCUGCUGCUAUGUGACCUCUACAUACCAGGAAUAAUACGAGAAAGACUGCUUGUAGCUUUCUACCGCUACAGUACCAGUCAAUCCCAGUCUAAUGUUGACGAUGUGUGUAAGCUACUGCGCGACACGGGAUACGACCAGUUACACAGAAAGAGGCCUGCUGACUAUCCUGUUGAAUAUUUUGGGCGCAUAAAUAUCCACCCAUACUUCAUCGAAAAAGUGGUUGGAAAGUUGAGAUCAGAGGACAUAUACAACCAAUUAGCCGUGUACACGAUGCCCGAGCACCAGGCCUCCGCGCUCGCCACGCAGGCUAGCAUGCUCGUGGUCUGUCUGUUCUUCAUACCGCACUACCUACAUAACGAUGUUUCCAAAAUGAGAGAGAUAGCCGAUAAAUUCUUCCCAAGCAACUGGAUUGUCCCUAUCUACAUGGGCGUCACUAUCAAUGUCAUAGAUUAUUGGGAAAAUUUCAAAGCGGCGAAAUCCGCACUCGGCAAUACAUGCAACAGUAAGAUGGUCAAAGAGGUGUUCUCUAAAAGAGGAAGCGCCAUUCCCAUGCUGAUCAAUAAAACACAUCAGCUCUUAAAAGAAGGCGUGAUGACUGACGACUUUGUUCUGGACAACAUUAAUAAAAUACUGAAUUUGCUGAUAAAUUCAAACUUCGUUUUACGUUGGCUUUUGCUGCAUAAUAGCAACGUGAUAUUUUACGAUAAUAAUAAAAAGAGCAAGCAACUAAAGGAGCUAGUCGUAAAAGAGUCCAACUAUGACGCACUGAAAAUUUUAGAGCUGCUUAUAAGCACUGCGGAGCUAGAAUUGAAGGUCAGAGAAAUGCUGAACAGAUUACUAGAAAGCAGGAACGAAACUUGGAAUACUAGUAAGGCUGAAGCAUUGGAAGCUCUGAACAAUCUAGCAGAACUGUUCUCAGGUGACAAAUCCUUCGCAAAAGUCCAAGGGAAUGACCAGUUAAAGCAAUGGUUCACCAAUAUUGCAAAUCAGAUCAAGUCAGUUGGAGAUUCGAUCAGCACUAAGUCUAUGAAGAAAAUUACGCAGCUUAUUCAGGCUUUAGAUGAAGUUGAAGAAUUCCAUAGCAUCAAAAGCACUUCAACAGUGUUACAGUUCCUUUUUGAAACCAAAGACGCAUUAAAGAAUGCACUCAGAGCUGCGUCGUUGAAAGACGACUCUCUAGUGACUCUGGAAAUUGCAGCUGAUGUAAGUUACGCAUGGUGCAUAAUCGAUUCGUACACGCAGUUCAUGCAAGAAAGCAUAAAAGACAAUCCGGCAGUCACAAGUAGGUUGAGAGCGCUAUUUCUUAAACUUGCUAGUGCCAUGGAAAUACCACUUCUAAGAAUAAACCAGGCACAUAGUGAUGAUCUUGUGUCUGUAUCACAGUACUAUAGUAAUGAAUUGAUAAAAUAUAUCCAGAAGGUGCUACAGAUUAUCCCAGAGAUGGUAUUUAGUAUAGUCGAGAAAAUUAUCGAUCUACAGACGUGGACUAUUAAGGAAAUACCGACGAGGUUGGAUAAAGAGAGGCUAAAGGAAUUUGCUCAGUUGGAGCACAGAAUGGAGGUCGCGAGGCUUACACAUUCCGCGUCCACAUUUACGACAGGUAUCCUGGACAUGCGCUCUACUCUAGUAGGUGUCAUAAGAGUGGACCCAGCAGAAUUAUUAGAAGAAGGUUUGCUGAAGGAGCUUGACACGCACAUUAGCAAGAAGUUUGUAGAAUUCCUGGAACCCCAGACUAAGAAACCGCUAGCUCCAAACACGUUGUUGGCGCGACUACAGAAGUUGGCGGAAAGUAUGGAUGGUUACAAGAGAUCUCUGGAAUAUAUUCAAGAUUACAUUAACAUGCAUGGCUUACGGAUUUGGCAAAAACAGGUAUCUGCCAUAAUCGUGGACAGUGUGGCCAAAGAGAUCAGCUUGCGUAAAGGCGUGACGCUGUACAGCCCCUCCGCUGGGUUCAUGGGGAGCCUUGCGAGACAAAUUGUGCAGCUUACUGAUGCAAGGGUUUGCUGCUACAUUAGCAUUUGUACCGCAUGGUACGACACAAAAACUCAAACUGAAAUAGUGAACACAAAAACUUUCGCAAAACUGAACGAAGCGAUAGGAGUGGUGGGCCUACACGGCCUCGACACUUUGUUCGCGUUCAUGAUUAAAAACCAACUACACACAGUGCAGAACAUAUUCAGAAUAGGACAAGAGAAGAUCAACGUUAACACUUUAACUGCUGAUGUAAAGGACACGGAACUCGCAAUCACUAAGGGACAGAAGGUUUUCCAGCAGUUAGCGGAUGCUAUAGUGCUGAUUGGGAGUCUACAGAUACUCCGAAGGCAUACUGCGUAUCAAUUGAAUAUCUCGGCGAAGUUUGACUCUGCGCAUUUGGAGGCCUCUCUGCAGACGAUGAAUGAAGCAUUGCUAAACGAAUUAAAGUCCGAGGAUCCCGAGUCAAAACAAAAAGUGACAUCAGAGCUAUUGAAGUACUUGGAAGACUAUCUAGUGAGGUGUGGAAUUUACGAACCAUUCGACAAAAUCUACAUCAGGAACGCAACGGAGUUCAACAUUUCUAACGUUGGCCGUGUCUGUGCCACGUUAUUGAUAUCUCAGCUGGGCAAAAUGCAAUUUUGCACUUCUACUGGCGACCUUAUCGCAAGGAAACCUGGUGACAACAUCGAUGGCUACCCGCUUUUGGUGGGCAUAUACACGCUUUUGCGCCAAGCGGGAAAGGACAACCUUGAGACAUUUGUCGGGUUCUUGAGUGUCUAUAUGAAAGGCAUUAGUUUAUCUAAGUCAAAAUCAUCAGAUGGAUCUUGUGAGGCUGCCAUGGUUGGAAGAGUGUUAGAAAUAUUCUGCGAAACAUUCAAAUACAGUUACAAUAAAAUUGAGGAUAAACUCCCAAUUGCUAUGCUGUCACAAACAUUCCAGAAAUAACUCAUACCAAGCAUUUACACAUAAGAAACUACAUAAUUAUAGUUAAGAAUACUGUUUAAUAUAUUUCAUAAAUUAUAAUAAUUUUGUUAUUUUGAUAUAAAUUUACUUUCAU